GGAUUCGGAGCAUUCGAUUGUCGUCACUCGCCAGGAUAGCUUGCCAGCUUGGAAAAAGGAUAAACCCGAAAAGGACUUACAUUAAAAGUGAAACUUUAAAGCCAAAAAAAACACACACAUAUAACUGUGUGCCAGUGUGUGGGUGACUGAGUUUGCCAGUGUUUGUGGGACUUGGCCAAGUGGUUUUCUAUUUUUGCCCCAUUGAGAAGGACUCGUAAACUCGUAAAGUGCAGUGAUACGUUCCCACCAGGAGAAGACUUGAUAAAAUCUUGAAACAUAAAACAUAAAACAUAUUAAAUUCUGGCAGUUGCAAUCUGAUCCUUGGACAUGUGGAGCAGGCAGCGAAUGCGCCACAAGCCGCUCUGGGCCCUCAUAUCCUUGACCGUUUUGCUGCUGGUCCUGGACAAAAGCAAUGCCAACACGGAGCCCGUGGAGACCAGCACCACAUCCGAGCCAGAUGCCUCGCCGGGCUGUCGGGCACCGGAUGUGCGCUUCACGAUUGUCAAGCCGGAAGCAACGACGGAGCAGCCGCUGGCCAAAUUCGAGACCACGCAGGUCUACCUGCCGGAGGACUUCACCACGGCGGAUGUGGAGUUCGUGGACUCGGUGCCCCGUCACCCCAACGAGAACCAUGCGGCCGUAAUCAAUCCGUAUUCCCUGGACCUGGGCGACGACCAUUUGCAUGUGGGCGAUGCGGCGGCCAGUUUGAUUGGCGACGAUGAUCUGGGUGACGACGAUGAGGAUCCCCACGGGGACCCAGAGGAUAAGCGUUUGAAUGCCAAUCGAAAGCAGGGCAAAAGACGUCGCGCUGGUUCGGGCCGUCGGCGUAGAAUCGAAAACGAGAACGGCCAGACGGGCAGGGGGCGUGGCAGUCGCUAUAAGCGCCAUGCCAUCCUCCAUGAUACGGAAGCCUCCCCGGAAACGGACCGCUGGGCGGGCAGCAAACUGGCAGCGGAGGGGGAUGUCUACUAUGUCCAUAUAGCCGACAUCCUCAAGAGUCGUGAACCGAAUCGGGAACUUAAAUCGAAACUGCAUAAGCUUAAGAUGAAGGCCAGGCUGAACAAAUGCCUGGCGGAGGGAGGCAAGGAGAAGUGCACCAAGCUGCUCAAGAAGAAGCCAAAGAAGAAGGUGCUGGAAGAAGGCAAAUCCCAGAAGAAGGAUCAAGCCAAGAAGAAGGUCUUCGAGGAAGGAAAGACCACCAAUCCCAAGGAGGAGGUGGAGGAGCAGGAACUUGGCCAUCCGGAGACCACUGGACAUCACCGCCGACGCGGCGACAGUCACGCUGCAGAGCUCGACCAGCGUGACCGGAGCCCGCGUUGGCGUCGCCGUCGCAGCACCGAGUCCAAGGGCGAUCUCGGCCAGCUGCCAGCGGAGCAGCAGCCCCAGUUGGACGAGGAGGAACUGCAGCAGUACGGGAAUCAGUCGAGCAGUGCACGAGUGGCCCUGUUGUGGCAACGUGUUAAGCGCAAGUCCGGCAAGACCACGGGUGCACUGAGCCGUCCGAAAGGUGGUGGCGACUCCAGCUCCAAGACCACCAGCCGCAAGGACAAGGGUAUCUACGACGAGGAGGCCGGCUACACGCCCGUCCAUCCGGACGAUGCGGAGUUCGACGAGGAGGAGGAGGAGGACGAGGAGGUGGACAUCCUGCAGCAGUUCACCGAGGUGUCGGAGAUCCGGUUUCCGGGCGAGAUCGGCCCCAUGGGCGAUCGGCGGCUGUGCAAGAUCCGCUGUGUGAAGGGCAAGUGGGUGGGUCCGUUGUGCGCCACCAACGAGGAGGACGACAAUGGGAAUGUGAAGUUUCAGCCGCUGUACAAGAGCUGCCACGUGAACCGGAUACCGUCGCACUUGCUGCUCAGCUACCGCAACAUUUCAGUGACACCGAUCCCACCAAAUCGCGGCUGGCGUAAAACGCGCUUAUCCAAAUCGACACUUCUCUCAAAUACAGAAAUUAAUGUGGGAUGGGAUCUGCCGCACGGACACUCUCUGCAGGCUCGUUGCCAGGAACUGGGAAUCUACAAGCUGCUGGGGGAGUCGAGGGUCCUCUGCUCCAAUGGACUGUGGGCCCCUCGCAUGCCCAGCUGCGUCCCCACCACCGUGCUGACCAACUACUCGGAGGACAGCGCCCCCUCGAUCCGCAUCAAGGUCUUCAACGGCUCCCACUCCUUCGAACCCUCCGGCGUGAUGGCCGUUCCGCCGCACAGCACCGUGCUCAUGGACUGCAUGUAUCCGAGGGUUAGGGGUACGCCGGAGUGGAGCUGGACCAGCUGGUACAUGCAGUAUUCCACAGGAUGGUCGCCGUCCCAGGAGGAGAAGGCCGUGCGCUACCGGCUGAGCAUCAAGAACAUCGAGAACAACGACUCCGGCACCUUCACCUGCACCUCGCCCCGCGGACUGACCAACAGCAUUGCCGUCGUGGUGGCCACUUCGACGUGUCCGCAGCUGACAGAGCCGCUGGCGCCGCUCAAGCUGCGCCUGGAGGGCAACAAGCUGGGCCAGCGGGCGCACUACGAGUGCCCCGAUGGCUUCUGGCUGGACGGCGCCCGGAACGCCACCUGUCUGGCCUCCGGCAAUUGGUCAUCGCCGACGCCGACCUGCCAUGCCAUCCAGUGUCCGCGUCUGGAGCUGGACGACCCGCACCUCAGCCUGAUCGAGCUGAACACCUCGGCAUGGGGGCGGGCGGUGUUCAAAUGCCAGUGGGGCUUCAAGCUGACCGGACCGGCGCAGCUGGACUGUGAGCCGUCGGGCGUCUGGAGUGGCCCCGUUCCGCGUUGCAAAGUCAUCCAGUGCGUGAUGCCAGUGGCGCCGCUCAACGGGCGCAUCGGGGGCACCAGCCUGAGCCAGAGGCGCCUCACCGUGGGCGCCCUGGUCACGUUCAGCUGCAACGACGGGCACAGCCUGGUGGGCGAGUCGAGCAUCAUCUGCACGGAGAACGGACAGUGGUCGCACUCGCCGCCAUUUUGCAAAUCGCAGUGCCCCUAUCCGGGCGAUCCGCCCAACGGUCUGAUAGCGCCUCUCAAGUUUAACUACGAUGCCGGAGACUACCUGAGUGUCCAGUGCCGGCCAGGAUUUGUCCAGAGUUACGAGGGUCCGCCCGAACGGCCCAAGUGCCAGCCGGAUGGCCGGUGGUCGGGUCCGAUGCCCAAGUGCAAGAGCUACGAGGAGGUGUAACCUCCAGAAGAUCCACAAACCGAAACCCGAAGACCCGAAGCCAAGGAUUCGCCGCCAAGUCAGCAUUACGGAUCCUCCAUCUGAAUUCCGAUUGAUUCAGAAUGCAGAUCGAAACCGAGUGAUAUUUAGAUUAACUUAGUGAGAGGUAUCAAAAUUAAUAGAUAUUUUAUCAGAUAGGUUCAAUUCAAAACAUUAUCUUUUAGUGGCCCACGAAUUUCCAAAAAAAAGAACUCUCCUUUCGAACGCUUUUGAAACUCUAUGUAACUCUAAAUAGAUCAAGUUGGUCAGGCACACUCUACAGAUAUUUGUUCUUCAGAUUGAAUACACUUUGCGCUUGCAUUUUAUUAUGAGGAAUCCUUGUACUUACACUAACUAUUUAAUGAAAUAUAUAAUCAACAGCUGCGUACAGGUAUUUAAGUAUUACGUAUUCUGGUUGCAACUCAAAGUUACAUAAAUGUAAAUGUUUAAAUGAAAUACAAACACAAAACUUACCCACAGUGCGAGUAUAUAUAUAUGUAUACAGAUUAACAAUUCUAUUCCACCAUAAAGCAAAAAUGUAUUACACUGAGAGAAAGAGGAGAUUGCAGCAGCAGUUGUUGGACGAGUGUUGAUUAGUUAGGAGCUAAGACAUGCCAAGCUAGGUAAGGCUCCCCAAAUCAGGGGUCCCUUGAAAGUCAUAUCCGUAUAGAGCUGAGGAGCAUAGGUAUUGCAAAGUGUAUUGUAAGCAGCUGCAAUCUGUGUGUAAAGAAAAGACCGUUUUAAAAUAAAAUACGAAUAUUGUGUAAAAUGCAA